AUGGCACUGCCAAUGAAGACGGUGAUGAAGAAGGCCAUGAAGGCCAGCCCUAUGAAGGCCAAGGCCAUGAAGGCAAUGAAGAAAAAGGCCAUCAGCAUCAUCGCGCGGGGUAAGCUCGCGAAGGUCGCUGUCUUCAAGGGCCGCAAGGAGAAGACAUCCACGGGCCUCCAGAAGACCCACUUGAUGAAGAACAAGAAUGGCAGGGUCGUCACCAAGAAGCAGCAUGCAAAGGGGAAGGAGCUGUUCAAGAAGUUUGCCCAGCGCUGGCUUGACGCCGUCAUGAAGGCCAGGAAGGAGCUUGGCAUCAAAGGCUUCUGCGCGGUGGGUGGCAAGACUCCGCAGGGGAAGGCUCUCUACGCCAAGGCAAAGGCUUUUUAUGCCGAGUGA